AUGGCCACGACAGAGGGCGACACUGACGCGCAGGCCGCCACUGCUGCACCCCAGACCGCGGGUAUCCCUGUGCCCGCAUCGUUGUGGACGCCUCCCACUGAACUGCAAGGCCGACUCGUGCUCCCGGACUUAUACACCGCACCCGGGGCUGCAGCCGAUACGCUCGGCAAGGACUCGGAUCCAACCCGAAUGGGCAUCUUCAUCUGCCUCCUAGAUGGCAAGUGUCGUCCAGCUGCCCCCGCCAGCACAGUCCAGCUGACGACGCCAGACCGACCACACCUGCACCCCUCGUUGCACGCUUUGCACGCGCACAGACUCCGCGCGCACGAACUCGCCUCGCCCCCGGACCCCGUGCAUGACCUGCCCCCGGGCCAGGGCACCGAGUGGACCGGGUGGAAGCUGACCGACCAGGAAGAGGCGCGCCGCGCUGCCUACCUCCCGCACGCCUAG